UCUUCGUAAGGAGAUUUUGAUUGUUGUUGAGACUGUAGACCUGUUCAAUACCUCCCCUGUGCGAUGUUGGGAACAAGGUGAAGGGCCCAGGAAGCGGAAGUGGAGGGUUUGUGCGCACUAGACAGGGGCGGGGCGGGGACGACGCCGCCGCUUGCGGCGAGUAACCGUGCCGACUCCGACCCGGUCGCUGGACUGUCGACGCUCCGCUCCGCUCCGCGCAAAGGCUCCGAUGGCGGCUUCUGCACUGAGGGACCCACCUCAGGGCAGUGUGACCUUUGAGGAUGUGGCCGUGUACUUCUCCUGGGAGGAAUGGUGUCUUCUUGAUGAGGUUCAGAUACACCUGUAUCUUGAUGUCAUGCUGGAGAACUUUGCAGUUGUAUGCAUGCUGGGUUCUUUUCCUGCAGUUGAGGAUGAAGAGAUGCCUUCUGAACAGAAUGUAUCUGCAGAAGGAGUGUCACAGAUGAGGACCCCCAGGGCAGGUUCAUCUCCUGAGAGGGCCCAGCCGUGUAAGAUGUGCAUCCCUGUUUUGAGAGACAUUUUGCACUUGGCUGAAGAGCAAGGAACAAAUAGGGGGCAGAAAGCAUACACAUGUGGGGCAUGUGGGAAACAGUUCUAUUUCACUGCAAACCUUCAAGAGCACCAGAAGCAGCACAUUAGCGAGAAACCCUUCAGCUGUGAUAUGGGGAGACCCGCAUUUUUCAAAAGCUGCACAAUCCAUGUAAUGGAGAAUCUCUCUACCUACAUGGAGAUUGGGAACAACUACGUGGCCAACAUGGAACUUCAGCCACAGACCACUAAUACCAGGAAGAAACUGAACAACAGUAAGGAGUGUGAAGCUGUUUUUCACAGUGGAAAAGGUCAUCACAGCUGGGGAGAAGGCAAGAAAGCCUCCAGAUACACAGAAAUACUUAUUCAGGAUGAGAGAGUCCUCACUACUGAAGGGUUUUGUGAGUUCAGAGAAUCCGGGAAAGCCUUCACCCAAAGAACUAACCUUAUUCAGCAUGAGCAAGUUCACACUGGAGAAAGGCCUUAUGAAUGCAGCCAUUGUGGAAAAUUUUUUAGCCACAAAUCCCAUUUCCUUACACAUCAGAGAGUUAACUGUGGAGGAACACGCUAUGACUGCAGUGAAUGUGGGAAAUCCUUUAGCCUAAGGAAGUACCUCAGAGCACAUAGGAAAAUCCACAGUGGAGAAAAGCCUUAUGAAUGCAAGGAAUGUGCUAAAUCUUUCAUCCAAAAGUGGAACUUAAUUGAACAUCAGAAAAUUCACACUGGAGAAAAACCUUAUCAAUGCACCCAAUGUGGAAAAUAUUUUGCCCGCAAAUCCAAUUUCCUUGCACAUCAGAGAGUUCACACUGGAGAAAAGCCUUACGAGUGCAAUGAAUGUGGGAAAUCUCUUACUACUAGCUCUGGCCUCUAUUAUCAUCUGCGAGUUCACACUGGAGAAAGGCCUUAUGAGUGCAGUGAAUGUGGGAAAUCUUUCACUACUUGGUCGAUCCUUUGUAAUCAUCAGAGAAUUCACAGUGGAGAAAGGCCUUUUAAGUGCAGUGAAUGUGGGAGAUUCUUUACUCGAAAUGAAAAACUCAGUGCCCAUAUGAAUGUUCACACUGGAGAAAAGCCUUAUGAGUGCAAUAAAUGUGGGAAAUCAUUUACGAGUAGGUCGAACCUUUGUAAUCAUUGGAGAGCUCACAGUGGAGUGAGGCCUUUUGAGUGCAGUGAAUGUGGGAAAUUCUUUAGCCAAAAGGCACACCUCAAUGCCCAUAAGAAAUUUCACACUGGAGAACAGGUUUAUGAGUACAAUAAAUGUGAGAAAUCUUUAACUCCUAGGCUAAACAUCAAGUGUCAUCAGAGAGUUCAUACUAGAGAAAGGCCUUAUGAGUGCAGUGAAUGUGGGAAAUCUUUUGUUGCUAGGAGUGGCCUCCAGUAUCAUCAGAGAGUUCACAAUGGAGAAAGGCCUUAUGAAUGCAGUGAAUGUGGGAAAUCUUUUACUGCUAGGUCGAGCCUUCGUGACCAUCAGAGAAUUCACACUGGAGAAAGGCCUUAUAAGUGCAGUGAAUGUGGGAAAUGUUUUACUGGUAGCUCUAGCCUUCUUCGUCAUCAGAGAGUUCACAGUGGAGAAAGGCCAUAUGAAUGCAGUGAAUGUGGGCAGUCAUUUAUUAGUCGAUCCUCUCUCUAUGAUCAUCACAGAGUUCACACUGGAGAAAGGCCUUAUGGGUGCACUGAAUGUGGGAAAGCCUUUAAGCAAAGACAGCUCCUCCGCAUCCAUAGGAAAAUCCACACUGGAGAAAAGCCUUUUCAGUGCAAGGAAUGUGGUAAAUCUUUCACCCAAAGGUGCCACUUGAUUAAACAUCACAGAGUUCAUACUGAAGAAAGGGCUUUAUGAAUAUCACGAACAUGGCCAGCAGUGAUAUUGAAGGAGUUCCAGGUGGUAAGAGAGUGAGAAGAACCUGUGCAGCUAAUGGACCAUUUCUAGAGAGGAAACUGAGACACAGAGAUGAUGUGUCAUCUGUUUGUGAUCUCCCAGAAAUGGACAGUGAUCUGGGCUUCAAUGCCAGGUUGCCUGGUUCAGGAUAUCGAGAGUCUGGUCACUUCACUCCUCCCCUGCCCCCACCCCCAGGUUUGGGGACUGAAAGAACACCUUGUCCAUCCUGACACUUCUGUGCUCCGACACCCACACAAGGAGCUCUGCUCACACCCCAGCCCCAUGCUGAUGGACAGGAUUAUCUUUUCUCUGGGAACCAAUAUUGAUGACUUUCCUGUGACUGACUCCAUUUAUGUAUCCAACAAAUCCAGUGCUGUGAUUCAGUUAUUAUUAUUGGCAUUUGUGAAAGAAGGGGUGUCCAGCUCAGAGAUGUUGAAGGACUUCCACAAGGGCUCACUAAUGCCAGGCCUUUGAUGAGAGUGGUUCCUCUACACCCUGCACCCGUCCACUGUCUUCUCUCCUGCCCCUCUGAGCAGGGCCUCCACUUGCUGUGUCCUGACCAUGAACUACCCACAUCUGACAUCUGCAUCACUACCAGGGUCUCCAGCUUCAUUUUCACCAGUACACAUCUCCUGGAAACACCAUCCUGCUUGGGAAGUUCUCCACAGGGACAGCAGCACUAAGCCAGGGACUCCGGACUGGGUCAUUGGUGUCACCCCAGAUUUGACACAGGUUCUAUCGCCAUAUGCAGUGAUUCGUUUCCAAGGUCCUGUCCAUCUUUACAUACCCACCUCAGGAUGUUCCUGUUGCCCUGUUAUGUGGUUGACCCACUCACUGUUCUGGGCAGUGUGACGGACACAAAAGGACUAAGAAUGUCCAGCAUGGCCCUACGUGACCUGGUCUCCAAGCAUCCUCUUCCUAAGCCCUUGAUCCAUUGCCUCACUGUUCCUCCCAUCCCUCGAGAAAAAGUGUUAACUCACCAAAAUGAUGAUUGUUAAUUAGCAAGAACUUGCCCUCCCUGCCUUGGGACCCACACUUGAUCAACCUACCUUAAAAACUAAGAUUGAAUGUAGGCUGACCCCUCCCAUGAAGACUUUAAAAUUCAUCUAUAAAAAGUUAUGAUUUUAAUUACAUUUCUUCAGGAUUUCUUUUUUCUUUUUGACCGUGUCACACAGUAUGUGUGAUCUUAGUUCUUCUGAUCAGGAAUCUAACCCAUGCCCCCUGCUGUGGGAGCCUGGAGUCCUCACCACUGAACUGCCAGGGAAUUCCCUUUCUUAGGAUUGUUGAUGUUGAAUUUUUGUUUUUCAUGUGUCUGUUUUUUACCUGUGUCUCCUCUCUGGUUAAAUUUCUAUUUCUGUCUUUUGCCUAUUUUUAUUUUGUGAGAUAUGGCUAUUUUCUUUUUUUUUUUGACAAAAGAGAGCUGGUGAACAGCAAAGACAUCUGUUAGAUUUCACUCAUUCAUCAAUAACGUGAGUGAUUUCUUUUCUGAAUGUAAUUGUAAUUUGGAAUAGUGAAAGAAUAUGUUCUCAAGUUUUUCUCAAUUUUAUACUAUGCAUAAUGUAAUGGCCACAUACAUUAUACAGGUUUAGGAAUAAUCUGCAUUAUUAAUAUAUUCUACCUUAGUGUUAAGUCCAGACAUUCAGUUACACAAUAAAUUAAUCUCUGGUUUGUAGUGUUUGCCGGUUUCCGUGUAUAAAUAUUCCAACCAUAAUCAAGGUCAAAUUGCCAACAUAAUUUCACUGAACAUUCAUUUGGGAAGCAUUGCCAGUAGUCCACUAUUGUAUUCUUUUUCCACCAUUACAGGUACAGUAACCGCAAUUUUAAGAAUGUAGCUAAUAAACCAUAGUAGAAUUAUAAUAAAGUGAUAGGUUUUGCAUCUUUCUUUUGAAAAUCAUUUACUGGAUGAAUAGUUGACUUAAGUUUUACCUAGUUGAAAUGUACAUUUUGACAUACUUGUGUAUAGCUCUCCAACCGGUUUCCUCCUGCCAUUGUUAAUUUAUCCUCAACAUUAAAAUGACUGAUGCAAGAGCAUAUUCUACUUUUGUAAUAGCUAUUUUCAAAUGUAUAUAUAAAUGGAAUGACUGUGUUGGACCCUUCCUGUAUCUUAUAUCAUUUAUCCUGUUUAUGCACUUUUUUUGUGUUUGUGUAUCAAGACUUACUUCGUAGUUUUUAAAAUUUAUAAUCCUAGGUAUCAUGUCUUUGAAUACAUAACUUCUUAGAAUGCAUUUCUAAAAUAAGAGAACCCUGGGACUACCCUCAUGGCACAGUGGUUAAGAGUCCACCUGCCAAUGCAGGGGACAUGGGUUUGAUCUCUGGUCCGGGAAGAUCCCACAGGCCACUGAGCAAGUGAGCCUGUGCACCCCAACUACUGAAAUCUGCGUGCCUUAGGGCACACGUUUGGCAACUACUGAAGCCUGUGCUCUGCAACAAGAGAAGCCACUGCAAUGAUAGCCCUUGCAAAGCUUC